UGGCCGCCUCGCCACGACUCAGCGCCCCCUCACUGGGCAUGCUCACUAAGGCUAGGCAGCUUUAGGGCUGGAAGUAGGAAGCUCGAGCACUCCCGGGGCUGCUAGGGAGGGAGGUGCGGACCGCGGGGUUGCUGGAGGAAGGAGGCAGGCACCACGGGGACUCAUGCACCACGCGCUCGGGGCUGGGGCGCAAUUAGCAGCCGCCUCCGCAGCCUGCAGCCGUCCCUGCCUUUGCUGCCACCGCCAGUGCCAGAGUCUGUGCCCCCCCUCCUCGCAGAGCGGCUGAGAAGGAGCAGCAGCCCCAGCGGCAGCAGCAGCCCUAGUCCCGGCCGCAGUCCGUGCCCGGCCGAUCGCCCGCUCCUCCGCCUGCCCGGGCAUUGUCCCUGCGUCCGCCGCCGGCAGCUUGCACCCAGUGUUCCAGCCGCCGCCGCCGCCUGAAUGCAGGGCACGGAGCCCGAGUGAAGCCUUGCCGGGGUGGGCGACCGCCCCCCCACCCCCUCCCCAGCCUCUGGGGGGGUUUCUUUGCCUUCUGCCCCGCGUUUCCCUCCUCCCCCGCUACUCCUAGGAGAGGGCAGGAGGCAGCAGCCGAGCCGGCCCCACGCCGUGCCCCUGUGCCCCCACGCCCCCCGGGGGGCCCAGGCCGGAGGGAGGCCGAGAGCGCGAGAGACUCUCGGGGAGGGAGGGGGGGCGGGGGUGAGAAGCCAUGCGAGAGUACAAAGUGGUGGUGCUGGGCUCGGGCGGAGUGGGCAAGUCGGCCCUCACCGUGCAGUUCGUGACCGGCUCCUUCAUCGAGAAGUACGACCCCACCAUCGAGGACUUCUACCGCAAGGAAAUCGAGGUGGACUCGUCGCCGUCGGUGCUGGAGAUCCUGGACACGGCGGGCACCGAGCAGUUCGCGUCCAUGCGGGACCUGUACAUCAAAAACGGCCAGGGCUUCAUCCUCGUCUACAGCCUAGUCAACCAGCAGAGUUUCCAGGACAUCAAGCCCAUGCGCGACCAGAUCAUCCGCGUCAAGAGGUACGAACGCGUGCCCAUGAUUCUAGUGGGCAACAAGGUGGACCUGGAGGGCGAGCGCGAGGUCUCCUUCGGGGAGGGCAAGGCCCUGGCCGAAGAGUGGAGUUGCCCCUUUCUCGAGACAUCGGCCAAAAAUAAAGCCUCGGUGGACGAGCUGUUCGCCGAGAUCGUCCGCCAGAUGAACUAUGCGGCUCAGCCCAACGGGGACGACCAGUGCUGCUCCUCCUGCGUGAUUCUCUGAGAAAAAGAAAGGGGGGAGGGCGGCUUCUUCCUUCGGGCUUGGGCUCUGCUUUGAAUUUUUAUUGGUUUCUUUUUUUUUUUUUAAGAAAAAAGCGAAAGCAAACACCAUACUUCUUGCUCAAUGUGAUCUUUAUUAUUAUUUUUAAGAUUGGAAACAACUUUGCAUCGUACAAGGUGUGUUCCAGGUGGGGGCUCGUGGCUAUUUCCACAGCAGCUGACGGGCCUCAGUGCUCAGUGUCAUGGGGGUAGGGGGGUUGUCUUGUAUUUAACAUCUGAAACCUGGGUGGAAAUGUGGCGCUUUCCAAGCAUGUACAUUCCUCUCGUGGAUUUCUUUGAUCGUUGCCUGUUUCCCCACUUAAAGCAGCCGUUAGAGCUGUAUUGGCAACUUGACACCAGGAAAAAAAAAUAAAGUUUCAAUCUGGGAGGGAAGGGGUGGUGGGAGCAGGAGGAGGAUGGGAGAGAAGAAAGGCUUGUCAACAACCCGAUUUCCAAUUCGAAGAUUUAAGUACCUGGACAGGGGAAGGAAGUGCAGGAAAAGGCUGUGAAGAAUUGAAAAGAGAGGAAGAGACCCCGUUUCCAGGCAUGUGUGGAUGUGCUGGAAGCAAGGGGUUGGCUGCCUUCUUUGCCAGCCUGGGAGUGCAACCCUGGGACUGAUUAGGACUCUGAGGAUUUCUAUGCAAAGUUGGAUUAUUGUUACAGUGUAUCCAAUCUGAAGUAUUGCACAACUUAACUGGGACUGUUUACACUGAUGCCAAUACAGUGUGGGGUGCCAGAAAGUGUCUGCUGAUAUUUGUGGAAAAAAAAUCUAUUUUGUUUACCUACUGUAUCAAAUGGGAGUCUGGGGGAGAGCGGUAGUGUUUUUGUUUUUGUUUUUUUAAUUUUUAUCAGCUGUGAAAAAUAUUACAAAUCUGCACAUUUUUCCCCCAUGGGGUGGUUUGUUCAUUUUACUUUGUUUGGGUUUAGGGUUUCCUUUUGGUUGGCAAUAACUGAUUUUGAUGACCAGAUCUUUAAAGUACAGUACAAAGACUUCCUCAAAUGUGAUUCAGGGCCAACAGCGACCCUGGGUCUAGAGUGCCUUCAAAACUCAGCUGUUCCAGCCGGUGCCAACCUGUGAAAGUUCCACAAAAUCCCAUUAUCUGCUAUGACUCCCCAAAGUACUUAACAGUUUCCUUUCAGUAAUCAUUCUGAGCAAGCCAGGACAAAAGGGCCUGUUGUUCAUGGAAUUGAUUUUGAUUUCUUUUGGAGCCUUUUAUGUCUUAUUUCCAUGUCUUACAAGUACUUCUGGCUUCAUCUUAUUUAAAUUUUUGGGUAUUUAGUGCCCCUUUCUCUCCCUUCCCUUCCCUUCCCCUUUAUUUUUUCUGUUGUAGGAUUUUCCUCCAGCCGAGAGCAAAAUUUUUAAUGUUGUGAUGUACCCAGAAGAUUCUAACUAAUUGUAAUUUUAAUUCCAGACCUAAGUUUAAUGGUUGUCUAUUCAUUUAAAGACUUUUAAUACAAAUACCAUUUUUUAAAAAAUGCAAACUCAAAA